AAAACGUAGUAAAAUUUUUUAAUGUUAUCAAAUUUAACAAAUAGUAAUUAAUAAUAAUAACAAUAACAAUAAUAAUAAAUGAAGUGAAGCCGCAAAAUUCAGUUAUAAAUUAACGAAACGCAUAUACUAACACAUCCCUUUCUAACCAAAGAUAAGAUCCGCACCUCCAUUAUCGCCGCCGUCCAUGGCCGCAGCCGCCGCCGGAGCAAAUGAAGAGGAGCCGUACAGAGCACACUGCAUAUUCAUACCCUACCCUCUCAUCGGCCACAUAAACCCUAUGCUCCAAUUCGCCAAGCGCCUCCGCCACAAGUCCGUCCGCGUCACUUUCCUCCUCUCCAAAUUCGUCGCCAAAAUCGCCCCCCUCUCCUCCGACGCCGGCAUCUCCGCCGCCACCUACUCCGACGGAUUCGACGACGGCCCCCCGCCGGGAGUCAGCGUCAACGAACUCAUCCAUCGAUUCCUCGAAACCGUGCCCCCCAAUUUGAAGGAAUCCGUACAGACGGUGGUCGGCUCCUCCGGCCCGCCGGUGGCCUGCGUCGUCUACGAUUCCAUUCUGACGGCGGCGCUGGACGUCGCGGCAGAUCUCGGCAUCGCCGCGGCGGCGUUCUUCACUCAGUCCUGCGCCGUCGACCAGAUCUUCCAUGAAGUGUACCUGGGGAAUGUCGGAGUUCCGUUCUCCGGCGACGAGGAGGAGAUUCUGAUUCCUGGACUUCCGGCGCUGACGCCGGCGGACUUGCCGUCGUUCGUGUGUGGGUCCGGGUAUGGGCAGUACCCGCCCAUAUUUGAGAUGUUGGUGGACCAGUUUCAGGCCGUGGGGAAGGCCCAGUGGCUGUUCUUCAACACAUUCUACCAAUUGGAGAAUAAGGUAAUUGAUUACAUGGAGAAGCUUUCAUUGCCGGUAAAGGCGAUCGGUCCGGCAAUACCCUCAAUGCACUUGGACAAGCGCCUCUCCGGCGACCGUGACUACGGCCUGAACAUGUACGCUCCAGCCACCGCCACCUGCCUCGACUGGCUAAGCCGCCGUGACCCUAACUCCGUCGUGUACGUGUCUUUCGGGAGUCUGGCUCAAUUAGGCCCCGACCAGAUGGAGGAGCUGGCGUGGGGCCUGAAACUCAGCGGCCGCCACUUUUUAUGGGUGGUCCGGCUGGCGGAGCAGUCGAAGCUGCCAGAGGGGUUCACCCAAUCGGAGAAUGGGUUGGUUGUCCCGUGGGGCCCACAGCUAGAUAUAUUAGGCCACGUGGCAACCGCCUGCUUUAUCACGCACUGUGGAUGGAACUCGACGCUGGAGGCGCUGAGCCUCGGCGUGCCAGUGGUGGCAAUGCCACAGUGGACGGAUCAGCCGACGAAUGCCAAGUACAUAAAAGAUAUGUGGGGAACAGGAGUUAGGGUCGUGGCCGGGGAAAACGGGGUGGUGGGGCGCAACACUGUUGCCGAGUGCGUUAAGGAGGCAACAGAGAGCGAGGAGAUGAAGAGGAACGCGACGAAAUGGAAGGAAUUGGCGCGGGAAGCCAUGGAUGAAGGGGGGAGCUCAGAUACGAGCAUUGAGGAGUUCGUGGCCGCACUUGCGGCCGAGGGAAGUAUUUGAUGUGAUAUUUUGAACGUAACUUUUUUGAUUGUCCGAGAUCAUCGAAAUGGUUCCGCGACACACGGGCUUUCAAUGUGUCUCGAACUGAAUACCGACGUUAUCUUACUGCAUUGGAACUUCACUAGAUUCUGUAGCGAGACCAUUGAAACGGUUCCUCGACGAGCGGGAUUUCAAGGUGCCUCGAACUGAAUACCGACGUUAUCUUAUUGCAUUGGAACUUCACUAGAUUCCGUAGCGAAAUCGUUGUUUCCGUCCCCAUUCCUAUGACAAGUGAAUUUCCGAAGUGUCUCGAACUGGAUGCGAGAGAUCCGGUUCGAGACACGGGGAUACGGCUUCGGAGAUCCCACGAAACCCAGAGCAUCUUCGGAGAGGGAGCUCGAUAUACCUUUCGGCAAUGGGUUUCAUCUGGUCGAACGUCGGGUUCGACUCUUUAUCCAUGCCAGCAUAGCCCCAGCUGCGGAGCUACAGUGAUGGCGAAUGAGGCCAGAGAAGCCAUCAUCCUCAUUGUAGAGGCUCCACCAGGUCGAGUUCUUUGGCGCUGGAACUUCUCAGAUAGCUCUUUAUUUCCGAGCUGGGGAGCUGGCAAUCGGCCGAGCUUAUAUCCCUCCCUUGACCCUUCUCCACGAGUUCAUAACGCCUAGUGAAGAAGGUCUCUUGUUUGUGUCCGAUUUGGACUGAGAGGACAUUGGCUCAUCGACACCCAUGUGCCGUUCUUGAGCCACUCGCCGAACGUAAACUUUUAAGUCGUAAUGAUUCGAUAGCAUCCGAUCCAUGGAAACUGCAAUGCAAGAGCAAAAUAUUCGUGUUAGUAGUUGAUAUAACCCCCCAUCGGAAACUUCUAACAAAAAAUUACAUCAUCGUCUGAAAUAGAACAUUGAAAGCAUAGACAAUCACGACAAUCAUCGACAACAAUUAAGGACCGAGAAAGAAAUACUCAGCAAGAAAAGUUCCAAUGGGUAUUUUGAUCUGAAACUUCAAACUCUUCUAUAUUUAUCGGGCAUUCAAAGUAUACAACCAAAGAACCACUUUACACACAAUUCUUACGCAUAACGGCAGAAUUCUGAGAGCACAGACAGAAAAAAGACCUCUGAUUUUUAGAAAGAUUUUAUAGAUGGUAAUAAUUUAAGAACAAAGAGGAAAAACUCGGCUGCCGGCAUAUUAUGCUAAAAAUCUGUGUGGAUCUACUCAAAAUAUAUCACAAAAACGGUAGUAUUGAGCGAUAUCUAUUCAGGUCAUCGAUGCAGAGGCAUACGCUACCAAAUCAAGAACAUCAAAACCGAGUAUCAAUUAAUCCCACCAAAUUUCUUCCAAAAUCCGGCACAUACUAAUCGCUACCAUAAGAAAGAAUAAAACAAAAGAUAGAAGA